AUGAUGAUUAAACAACAAUUGAUUGCUGUAUUUUUAAUCCUUGCUGUUGUCUUUGCAGGCUCAGCUGAUGCUGCUACAUUCAAGCUCAACUCUAGAUCCUCUGCUAGAUUGAGUGUUACCUCUGCCAAGGAUUUCGGUGAAUUCUUGUUAGGUUUUAUUGAAGGUUUAGAAAUUUCAACAUCAUCACAUUCACGUGCAUGUAUUGCCGAUACUACUAGAUCAGUUAGUGAAUUUGUAUCAGCCUAUGAAGAAAUCUCAAAGGGUUUCUCUGAAAAGUCAGCUCAUACCCUUGGCGCCGGUUUCAAGGUGAUGGGUGAAGCUUUGCUCGAAGUACCAAUCUUGUGGCAAGAAUGUGAUAUCUCUGGUUUCAUCUCUGAAAUCAAGGGUCUCGCAAGCAAGCUCGAAGAAGGUGCUGGAGGUGUCUUGGAUGUCAUCAUCAAGGAAGCCAUCAACAUUUUCCAUCACGGUCACGAUUUGACCUCUGAUUUCCAUGGUGCCAUCGCCGACGAAAAGUCUCACAAUUGGUCUGGUUUCGGUGUCAACGUCGGUAAGAUUGUUGGAGUUCUUUUGAAGGAUUAA